AUGAAGCGCAUCGACACACACGUCCACAUCAUUCCCCCGUCAUACCGAGCCGCGAUCGACAAGUACGGCGACCCAUCGGGGUGGGUGAUACCGGCGUGGUCGCUCGACGCUGCCCUCAACGCAGCCACCCAACUAGGGGUCGGCGUUUCGGUGAUGAGCGUGACCUCUCCUGGCCCCUCUAUUGCUGGGCCUGGGCCCCAAGGGCGUGUCCUAGCCCGCGCAUGCAACGGCGAGAGCGUUGCGCUGGCCCGUCUGGCGCCCGGAAAGAUUGCGCUCUUCGGUAGCCUGCCUGACUGGAACGACGUGGACGGCACCCUUACCGAGAUCGACUACGUCAUGCGUGAUCUCUGCUGCCCCGGCGUCGUGGUCAUGACGACGUACGGCGGCCUCCUCCUCGGUAACCCCAAGUUCAAACCUAUCUGGGAGCGACUGGAACAGUACCAAGCCAUUGUGUUCAUCCACCCCGCCGCAGUGGACGUGAUCCCCCGCCUGAUUGCCGAGAAGCUGCCCCAGCCCAUCGUCGACUAUCCACAGGCCACUACCCGGACUGCGGCCGACCUCGUUCUCACGCGCACAUUCACCAAAGACAGCAAGUUCAAGGUCAUCCUCUCCCAUGCUGGCGGUACCCUGCCCUGGCUCGCGGACCGCUUGGCCUCUGCCUCGCGAAUCGCCAAUCCAUCCAUGAGCAUGGCUGAAUGCCUUGAGGCGAUCCGCCACUUCUACUUUGACGUCGCGCUUAGCACGACCCCAACAGCACUGUAUGGCCUGCUGCAGAUCACUACCCCCGACAAGAUUCUGUACGGAAGCGACUUUCCGUAUGCGCCUCUUAACAGUGGUCUGAGGCAGACGACGCGGCUGGACAAGCUGCUGAAGGGCGAGUUCCGGAGCCUCGGCGCGGUCAAUAGCGAAAACGCCGAGAGGUUGUUUGGGGGUAUUGACCGGGUUGUCGCGCGCCUGGGCGGUGGGAACAAGCCGAAGCCGAAGCUUUAG